UUUUACUACGCCAACAACUGUCAUUCGUAUUUUCCUCGAAUUUUUUUUUUCAUUCAAAAUUUUCUUGCACUGCUUCAGAAGUGAACAUGAAUUUUAUGCUGCAUUUAAGUGUGAAAAUAAAAUAAAUUAAGAAAAAAUUAAAGUACAAAAAUAGAUAAAAUAAAAGAAACAUGAAAACAACAAUGAAUUAUGUACAAAAAUACUUCAGCAGACAACAGGGAAUUUCGAAUGACCUGAGCUAUGACUUUGCCUUGAAGCGUUUGUGUGUGGCCAAAGAGGAUAGUUGGCGUGGCAUUUUACCCUCAAACUACAGUUCAGACUUUAACCCGGAACCACCGAUAUUUGCUGCCAAAUUUGCCAAUUGUGAAGGUUAUCGUCAUAUGUUGGCUAUUGCCAAUGAAGAUGGUAAAAUCGCCCUGCAAGACACCACACAACGCAACUAUGAAGCGGAGGAAAAAUCGUUGACAGCUCCUCAGUGUCAUUAUAAUGCUGUUUUCGAUUUGGUAUGGGCUCCGGGACAAAUGCGUUUUGUCUCAGCUUCAGGCGAUCACACAGCCCGCCUUUGGGAAGUUACAAAUAGUGAAAUAAUAGGUGUGCGGCCAUUUGUGGGCCAUACGCGUUCUGUGAAAACGGCAGCAUUUCGUAAAAAUGAUUCAUCAGUAUUUGCUACGGGUGGUAGAGAUGGUGCCAUUAUUAUAUGGGAUACUAGAGCUAAUUUAAAUUUGGAUAUGACACCUAGAGCGGAUAAUUGUAUAUAUAGUGGUCAUGUUGGUGGUCCCGGUACACCGGUCUCACAGAGAAAACGCUCUCGCACUCCCAAAAUGCCACCAAAUACAACGUCGAGUAGUAUUACGGGUCUAGCAUUUCAGGAUGAAAACACUUUAAUCUCCUGCGGUGCUGGUGAUGGUAUUAUAAAAGUAUGGGAUCUAAGACGCAACUAUAGUACCUACAAAAAGGAACCGCAUCCCAAACACAGUCUUCCUUAUGCUGGCUCCUCCACCUUUAAGGGUUUCACCAAUUUAAUUGUAGACGAUUCGGGUUGUCGCCUCUUUGCCAAUUGCAUGGAUAAUACCAUCUACUGUUAUAAUUUACAUUCAUAUUCACCAAAGCCUUUGGCACGUUAUCGCGGCCUUUUAAAUAGUACCUUUUAUAUAAAAUCUUGCCUAAGUCCAGAUGGCAGAUAUCUUCUCAGUGGCAGUUCAGAUGAGAAGGCGUACAUUUGGAAUUUGGAGUAUCCGGAUGAACCGCUGGUGGGUUUAUCAGGUCAUACGGUGGAGGUAACAUGUGUUGCGUGGGGUUCAACACAUGAUCGUCCUAUUGUUACAUGCAGUGAUGAUGCUAGACAUAAAAUAUGGCGCAUAGGACCGGAGGAAUUGACAGCCUCAGAAAUAACAGAGAACUAUCGUGGACAGGCAGAAUAUGUUAGAAAAUUCUCUAAACCAGUCAAUCCUACAGCUUCUACGCAUAAAUAUAAUCUAAGAGAUUUGGAAAGUACUCCAAGAUCUUUAAAAAGACUGGUGGAACAGAACGAAAGAACCCCCAAUACUGUGGAAAAAGUUUCGACGAAAAGAAGUUUUUUGGAAAUGUUGGGUUGCUCUUCGACAAAUCCUUCCAAUGAGGAAGGUGGGGAAAUGGAAUUGCAUGAACCUAAGAGACCCAAAACCUUAGAGACGCGAGGACGUAGACUGUUCAGUCCUUGUCCCGCCAAUAGCAGCGGGGCCUCUACUAGUUCAGCAGCAGGUUUUGCUUCGAGAAGUAUAUUUAAACAAUUGUCUAGUAUACCAGAAGAACGUAAUGUUAGUAUUAAUAUCAGCACCACAAGUCCUUUAACACAUCACCCAGAAACUUUGCUCAACAACGAUUCGAAUCAGGAAAAUAACCAAGAAAGUGUUGUUCAGCAAACUCCACCAUUAAGCGCUGCGGCCAAUGUAUCAAAAAUAAAUGUAAACGCUAACAAUACCCCAUCGCCAUUGGCUGAAAGGCGGCCAGGUUUAGAAAUGAAUCUCUCAGCAGCCUCUUUUACUUCUCCGCCCUCCACAAGUUUACAGGCUGCUUAUACACCCACACAACAACCCUUCUCUUCGCUGAUCUUUUCACCCACCUCAAAUUUACCUAAUUAUGUAUUAGACGGUGAGGCGCCACAUUUGGGCAUCAUGUCACCGAAACGUAAACUCAAAGAUAAAGUCGAUUGGUUGACUAAAAUACGCAAACAAAAAUUAAUGUCCUCCUGUCGAGGGACAUCGCUGACAGAAAAAAUGCAAGAACAGCAAAUACAUUCUACAAACAGUAAUAUAAGUGAAACAAUGGCAGCAGGAGCCGCCAGUACUGUAACACAAGUCUCGUCACCGCGUUUACAAAGUCUUCGACAGUCGGAGAGCAGUCCAAGAUCUUCGACACCUCGUAGACGUUUGUCACAAAAUCAUCUAUCCUCGCCCUCAUCAUCUACACAUCAUAGUCCACGCACACCCACCUCAAGUCGAAGAAAUAGUGAAACUACUCUUCUUCGUUUCUUUAGUGUUCAAACGCAAAAUGCCUCUACAACCUGCUCCUCCAAUAGACAGCAGCCGCCAUCUCCUUUAUCCUCGGCCGAUGUGGGAGAUAUGCGACCCUUGUCACCCAUUACGGCCGGUUCACCUCUUAAUCCCAAUCCUUCCUCCUCAUCGAACAACAUAACAAAUCCAAAUGCGCCUUCUUUACAUCCAACGCCCUCGUCGGCAACCACCUGCACUGAGUGAUUUAGUUUUAUAAUACAUAUUAUUUGAGUUGUUAGUUUUAUACUUUUACUAAAUUUAUUUAUUUUUAACAUUUCUUCUAUUUUUUCACUACAUUAUCAUAUUUUUAUUUCGUUUUAACAAACGUUGUUGUCUUUUACAGAUUUCGCGUUAACUUUUUUGCAUUUUUACCACUUUAUUCCAUAAGAUUUUUUUGUUUAGUUUUUUAUUAAAUAAUUUUUUUAUCUGUAAAUUAUUUAGUUUAUAAGUUAAGCAUAACUGAAUUUUUUUAUUGAAACUCUAGUUGUUAGACUCUAAAAAAUUCUUAACUUCUUCAAAAAAGAAUUUUUAAUUACUUUAGUUUUUAAUACAACAACAAAUUGGUAACCAAUUUAUUGUUCACUACAACAAUUUGCUGCUUUUUCCGUUAUAGAAAAAAUGGUUGAAAAAUAAUAAAGACUUAUAAAAUUAUUUAUAAUU